GAUUCGCGGUCGCGUAUUUGUUUUCAACCAUUCGCUGUUUCUUCUCUCCGAAUCGUUCUCUUUGAGAUCGAAUUUUCCGAGGACUUCUUCCUUAAAGCAAAGCACUAUACACCUCGACUAUGGCCGCUUCCCUUCUACUCAGGAACGCCUGCCGUCGUUCGUUGCUGCAGGGCUAUGGAACCAGCGUCUCGUUUCCGUUGGCAGCUGCUCGCACAAUCGUUCUUAAGCCGACGCAAGCGGAUGUCCGUCCGGGAGAAUCACACGAUGACCGAAACGCCCGUCUGAAGCGACCGCAAUCUCCUCAUCUGACCAUCUACAGUUUCCAGCUUACCAGCAUGCUCUCGAUUACGCACCGCUUCACCGGACUGGCCCUGACGGGGUACAUUACUGCGAUUGGUCUGGGCGCUUUGGCCUUGCCGCACGACGCCACGCACUACCUAACGAUGCUGGAAGGCCUCAGCGCACCGACGCUGAUUGCUCUUAAAUUCUCACUCGCUUAUCCGUUUGCUUACCACACCGUAAAUGGGGUGCGCCAUCUGUUCUGGGAUAUGGGCAAAUUCCUGACCAUUAAGGAAGUGUACACCACCGGCUACACGAUGCUGGGCGUGUCCGGCGUUCUGGCCGGUCUCCUGACGGCUCUGUAAAUUCGAAAUGGGUAUGGAAGGAGCGCCAAGCGCGUUUGUAAAAACGAACACAAUCGAGAGAAGCUUUUUUUCGAAAAACUGCUAAUUUAUUGAAACCUUGCAUAGUCGUUGAUGACACCGUGUCGAAAUAAACCAAAUUAACUCAAUCCAACAUCACGUGUGUUAUUAA